UAUUGCACGAAUUACUCCCACCACGAUGAAACUUAAGGAGAUCCACAGGACCUCAACAUUCACUUGGUCUCCCUCCUCCUCUCUCCCUCUAAUAGCCACUGGUACAGUUGCCGGUGCCCUCGACGAGUCCUUUAGCAACGAAAGCCAACUCGAAAUCUGGGCGCCCAAUUUUCUCGACAAGAAUGAGUUUGACCUGGGGAUAGAGGGGCAGUCUCCGCCGAAAGGCGCUGUGAAGGAUACGGCGAGGUUUAACCGCUUGACGUGGGGGUAUGUCGAUAGUAGUCGACCGCGGGGUGUCAUUGCGGCUGGUAUGGAGAACGGCGAGCUGGCGUUGUGGGAUCCAGCGAAGAUUCUUGCUGGUGCUGGCUCCAGCGAGUCCCUCAUCCUGCGGAAUACCAACCAUACCGGGCCGGUUCGAGCAUUGGACUUUAACCCUCUGCAGACUCACCUCUUGUCAUCCGGUGCCGUUAAUGGAGAGGUCUGUAUAUGGGAUCUGAAAGACCCUACGAAGCCGUAUGCCCCGACACCUGGAUCUAGGAGCACGAAACUGGACGAGAUUACGUCGGUCGCAUGGAAUCAGCAAGUUCCAUAUGUUCUGGCUGGGGCGAGUACAACCGGCUACACCGUUGUGUGGGAUCUCAGAGGGAAGCGCGAGGUCGUUGCUCUGGCUUACGGUGGUGGAGCUGGAACGCUUGCAGGCCAAGUCAGUGCGACGAAUGGGCUUGCUGUUGGUGGACGGAGAGGGAUGAGCGCCAUCGCCUGGCAUCCAGAUAACGCUACGAGACUUGUUACAGCAUCGGAGGACGACUCUUCUCCCAUCAUUAUGGUCUGGGACCUUCGCAACGCACGCGCCCCGGAGAAAAUCCUUACUGGUCACGAGAAGGGCGUCCUGUCGCUGUCUUGGUGCAAGCAAGACGCUGAUAUGCUCUUGUCUUGUGGCAAGGAUAACAGAGCGCUCUGCUGGAAUCCUCAAACGUCUGAGAUUAUCGGCGAACUCCCGAGCGCGUCGAACUGGGCAUUCCAAGUCGAAUGGUGCCCCCGUAACCCAGAUCUCCUCGCUACAGCCUUCUUCGACGGCACCGUCGGCAUCCAUUCCAUCCAAUCGACCAACGAGCCCGCCGCUACAGCCACCCCUGUACCAGCUGGGAACGGUGCCGACAUAUUCGAUUCUACCGGGUAUUCACAGACUCAAAGCGGUACCCUUUCACUGAAGCAGCCCCCCAAAUGGUUAAAACGUCCAGCAUCCAGUUCUUUCGGUUUUGGCGGCAAGCUGGUAUCGGUGUCUAAUCUUCCUUCUGCGCAAGGAAAGCACCAGAGCGCUGUCGUCCAUCUGCGCAAAGUUGUAACCGAACAGGAGAUCGUCGCAGAAGCUACGAAGCUGAAGGUAGCUAUCGAAGGAGAUUCACUGAAGUCAUUUGCGCAGGAGAAGGCGGAUGCGGCGGCUGAUGGACAAGAGGCUUGGAAGGCGCUGCUCAGUCUCUUCCAAGCGGAUUCUCGGGACGAGCUGGUGAUGCUGUUAGGGUUUUCCAAGGCGGAUAUUGCAGCCCGCGUUGCGGAGGCGGUCGAGAAGCUCAAGGUCGCGAAGCAGUCUUUGGAGGAAGAGGCUGAGGUUGAAGAAGACGAUGGCGAGCUGAAGACUCACGAACCCGUUGUCUCCUUCGCUGAAGAGCAUACCUUCCAUGUUGCUACCGACGAUGAUCCCUUCGGUGGGGCUGUCGAAAAGACCCCUUCGGAAAUCAGCGCCGACGCUACCUCUGACGGUAACCGGCUGGCUGAUGUCGAGUCUACUACGACGGCGCCUUCUCUGUUCGGAGAUGAUGGUCCUGGGAUGCCCCAGCGGGACGUUGCUGGUGCCGACUUUUUCAGCAGCAUUGGCCUUUCAGGAGAGAGCGUACCUCCAAUCGACGUUCCUCAUACUAACUACGGUAUCGACUCGUCGGUUGCUGCAACCAUUGGUUCCGGACCUUCAUCGGUGACAUCUGAGACAUCGAAGAGUAACACCUUCAAGAUUUAUCCUGCAGACGAGUCAGAGACUGAUCGUCUGGUCACCAAGGCGCUCGUUCUUGGGGACUUUGACUCAGCGGUGUCGUUACGUACUUUUGAACGUCGUACGAACACUUACCCCUACCUCCGACUUUUCCAGUCCAUUGUCACCAAUGACCUGUCCGAUAUCGUUCAAAAUGCCGACCUCCAGGAAUGGCAGGAGAUCUUCGUUGUGAUUUGUACAUUCCCUACACUUGCUGAGCAGCUUGGUCGGCGGUUGGAGUUCCAGUUCGCGGUGUCUAACGCAUCGGAGGAUCCUGCGCAGGCCUCUCAGUUCCGCAAGUACGCUAUCUUGACGUAUUUGGCUGCGGCGAGGUUGGAGCGGAUUGCUAGUAUCUGGUCGGAGGAGAUGGCUGAGCAGGAGUCGGUGCUAUUGGCGGAUGCGAAGCAUCAGGAAGGACUCGCACUGCAGUCCUUCAUCGAGAAGGUUACAGUCUUCCGGUCGGCUACGAAGUAUGUCGACAGCGACCUCCAGCAGAAAUCGGAUAUCAAGACGUUCAAGCUUGCCAAUCUGUAUGACCGGUACUUUGAGUACGCGGCGCUUCUUGCUUCGCAGGGUCUGGUGGAGGAGGCGACGGUGUUCUUGAAGUUGACGCCUGGUGAUUAUAAGGGACCUGGUUAUGCGAUUCGGGAGAGGUUGCUUAUGACGAAGACGGAGCCGGCUGGGAUGAAUACGGUUAAGAUUGGGACGAAGGCUCUUCCUACUCAGCCUACUGUUCCUGCGACGUAUCCUGGGUAUACGUCGUCAUCUUCGUUCUCGGCAGCUGCUCAACCGGCUGCUUCUCCUUAUAUGUCUCCGUACUCUGCUGUUUCUCAGCCGGCAACGACGGGUGCUUCUUCCUAUGCGCCCUACGCACCGUCUGCUCCCGCUCCUGCACCGACCAAUCCUGCGUAUGCGCCUCCUCCGUCCAGUAUAGGAGUCCCUGCUCCUGGGUUCAAUACGUUCAAUCAAGCACAAUCGUUGACGCAGCCACCACAUCUCCGUACGGCUCUUCCUCCCCGUCAGCCUCCCGCUCCCGUCCCGCCCCCUCCGAAGCGUACAGAAAACGGUGGAUGGAACGAUGCACCUGUAGUUGGGAACCCUCGGAGCCCUAGUGUGUCUGCGCCGUCGAAGCCUGCUGCGAUCACCUCGCCGUUCCCUAACUCUACCCCGGAGCCUAUACCUGGACCUCACGGGGGACAUAUCCCGCCUCCUCCUCGGCCUGGUAGUGUUGGUGGUGGCGGUGCGAGGGUUCCGCCGCCACCGCAGCAGCGGGGGAUGUAUCCUCAUCCUCCUGCGCCUUCUGGAGCGAGCCGGAUGACGUCUCCUCCUCCGCCUCCUCGGUUGCCGACGCCUAGUCAGUACGCGCCUCGUGCGCCGGUUACGGGUCAGACGCCUCCUCCUCAGUUUGGGCGUCAACAUCAUCCUGCGCCGGGACCGUAUGUUCGUGCUACGCCGCCUCCGGGGCCGUAUGCUCAUGCUCCUCACGCGCCUGCUGAUCAAGGACCGUAUGGACCUGGACCUGCUCAGGCUCAGGGUGGUUCGUACGCGCCUCCUCCAGGUGUUCAACGACAGCAGCAGCAGCAGCAGCAACCACCACCGCCUCCCGGUCCUGCGCCUGCGCCUCCACCGUCGCGGGUGGUAAAAGCGCCUCCUGCACCAAAAUAUCCUCCUGGUGAUCGUACGCAUAUCCCUGAUGAUCUUCGACCUGCGUAUGAGAUUUUGUCUGCGCAGUUGAGUCAUUUGAGGCAGGUUACACCGCCUUCACAAAAACGCCAAGUUGACGAUGUCGAGAGACGUGUGAACCCAUUGUUCGAUGCGUUGAAUUGUGAGACGUUGUCGAAGCCUGUUGUUGAUCAGUUGUUGGUUCUUACUCGGGCUAUAGAAGCCCAUGAUCGCCCUGCGGCACUUGCGAUCCAUGUGGAUCUGUUGACGAGGGGGUCGCAGACUGAUGAUAUUGCGUUGUGGAUGUCGGGGGUUAAGCAGUUGAUUAUGCGGUUGUAGGGAUGGGAUGGUGUUUUUUUCUUCUUUAGAAUGGACGAUACGUGAAUGAAUGAAUGCUUUGUUUAUAUGAGCAAUAAGCUGGUUUCU